AACAGCUGAUUUCACAAAAGUACUAAAUUUGGACACGCGCCUUGUUAUAUGCACGUGGGCACGUUUCUUCGUUUAAAUUAAGUUUUUUAUGAGAAAUAUUGAAUUAAAGCCGCGCAACUAGUUACUUUCCACGAUGUCGUCCUCCUUCUUCCUCAAGCCAGGCGCCAAGGGCACAAAGAAGCGCAAGAAUCCCGCAGCAACAACAAAAGGAAAGCCGCUCAAGAAAGGCGGAAAAUCGGCGCCCGCGACGAGUGGACCAGUGCCAAAGAAGCAGCGCCGUCCCAAGGAGGAGGACGAGGAGAUAGCCAGCGACGAUGAGGAGUACAACAGCGAUCUGGGCGGCGAUGGCAACACCUUGGCAUUUUCAUCCGACGAGGGCGAGGAGGAAACGCCGCAGGACAAGCGCCUGCGUCUGGCCAAACAGUAUCUGUCGGAGAUCGAGAAGCAGGAGGCGGAACGCGCCGAGGAUCGGGAGCUGGCCCAGAGCGUGGAGCAGCGCUUGCAAACGGAAUACUUGGAUAGCGUGGGAAAACUGCGCCGGAACAUAGCUGGCAGCCUGAAAGCCUGCGAAUCGAGCGGCAUCCUCAAGCACAAACUCCACCACACGCCCAUCUGUGCCCUGGCACUCAGUCCAGAUGGUAAAUUCCUGUACACCGGGGCCAAAUCGCAGUUCCUACUUAAGUGGUGCACGGAAACGGGGAAGGUGCUGGAGAAAUCCGACGUGCUGUCGCAUCGCGAGGAACCAGAAACGGGCAAGAAAAGGCGCUCGCAUGUCAUCAGCAUAUGCCUGUCCUCCGAUAUGAAGUUUCUGGCCUUGGCCGAAGGUGGUCCACACAUUCAAAUUUGGUGUCCCCAGACGAUGAAGCACAUUAAGACUCUCAAAGGCCACCGGGAUAGUGUAGCAGGUCUGGUCUUUCGCAAAGGCACACAUGACUUGUAUUCGGCGGCCAAGGAUCGGUCGGUGAAAAUCUGGUCCCUGGAUGAGAUGGCCUAUGUGGAGAGUUUAUUCGGUCAUCAAACGGCAGUAACUAGCAUAGAUGCACUGAGUCGAGAGCGCGCCAUAACCGCUGGCGGUUCGGAUUGCUCCUUGCGCAUUUGGAAGAUCACAGAGGAAUCGCAGCUGAUCUACAAUGGACACAAAGACAGCAUUGAGUGCGUUAAGUACAUCAACGAUGAGCAUUUUGUGUCUGGUGGCAUGGAUGGAGCAAUCGGUUUGUGGAGCGCAUUGAAAAAGAAACCCAUUUGCACAACGCAACUGGCGCACGGAGUGGGCGAGAAUGGCGUGGCCAACUGGAUAACCGCUAUUGCUGUGGUGGUCAACACGGAUUUAGUGGCAACAGGCUCUUGUGACGGUUGCGUCCGUCUUUGGCAGACUAAUCCCAACACGCGUAAAAUGCAACUGAUCCAGAGCAUAUCCAUCGCCGGUUUCAUCAACGGACUGGCCUUCAAUGCCGAUGGCAGCAAGCUGUUUGUUGCCACCGGACAGGAGCACCGCCUGGGUCGCUGGUGGCGACUCAAGGAGGCCAAAAACCAAGUAGUUGUAGUCGACGUUAAGUUACAGAGCGCGGCCAGCAGUUAGGUUAACUUCUAAGCUUAAGUAAAGUUGUAUAGUUUUUGUAACAAGAAACGGCCUGAAAAUAUAUACAUAAAGAUCAUUUGUAUCUUCUAGCUGAAAGUUCUUACUUUCAAAAAUAUAAA